AUGUUGUCUCGUAUUUCAACCCGUGCUUACAGCGGAGCAGCCCACGGCAUCAAAAUUAACGCUAAAGGAGGUAGUACUGAGUUAUCAUCAUUGACACUUAGGGUUAAUAAUGCAGGGUCUAAGGAAGGUAAAUCAGGAGUUGCCCACUUAUUAGCCAAGCACAGUUUCUUGAACACGGAGCCUAAAUCUGCAUUGAGGUUUACAAGAGAAGCAGAAUUGUUGGGUGCUCUGUUUUCGAGUAAUGUUACCAGAGAUGCGAUUGUAUUGAAAACUCAAUUCUUGAAGGAAGACUUGCCAUACUUUGUGGAAGCCUUGGGCAAUGUUUUAACAAAGACCUCAUUCAGACCUUACGAAUUGCCAGAAAUUGUUUUACCGGCUGCCAAGGAAGAAUAUGAUGCUGCACACGCAGACAAUGCCUUUACAGCCUUGGAGUCUUUACAUGAAUUGUCAUUCAGAAAAGGCUUGGGUCACCCAUUGUACUACGAUGGGUCCUCGAAUGUUACUGCUGAUGAUCUUCAGGAGUUUGCAGCAAAGGUUUACACUUCAGAGAACGUUUCCCUCCAUGCGUUAGGUGUUGAUCAAGACGAUUUGUCCCUGUUCGUCGGUGAAUCUGCCCUCUCCAGCUUACCUACAGGUUCAACGGCAUCCCCUUCAGUUUCAUUCCAUGUUGGUAAAGAAUCCAGAAUUAGAGCUACCGGUAAAUCUGCUGCUUUAAUUGGUGUUCCAGUCAAGCCAGCAGAUUUCGGUAAGUACGAAAUUUUGUCUGCUGCAGUUGGUUCCGCGUUCUUACCAGGUGCCGAAACACCUCUUUCAAAAAUUCCUGGUGCUACUUCACAAUUAUACAAGUAUCAAGAUGCUGGGUUAUUUGUUGUGUCUGUUACCGGUUCUGCUUCAGAUGUGACAAGUGGCAUCAAAGCAGCUAAGAAGGUACUUCAAAGUGUCUCUUCAAGUUCCUUAUCGGAUGCCACCAAAGCUGCAAAGUUGGCUGUUGCCUUACAAAGUACUUACGAUUCUAUUGCCGAUGUUCAAAUUGGCUCAUCAUCUCCUGUCAAGUUCGAUUCUUUCAACUAUGUUGCCAUUGGUAACGUUGAUGUAUUGCCAUAUGCUGAUGAAUUAUAA